AUGGAGACAGACAGUCGCAAGUAUUCUAAACACGUCGGGGUCAGAGAUUGGUGUAAUAAGGUUCGUCGGAAGCGAAAUCCUAGUGAUAAAUCGAAGCCCGUCACAACUUUUUACUUUACAAAUCUACAAGCUGAUGUAACCGUGGAAAUGAUAAGGAAGUCUUUUCAGUCCUUUGGGAAAAUGGUAGACGUUUACAUUCCAGGGAGGAAGGACAAAGGAGGUACGUUUUUCGCAUUCAUCAGAUACGUAGGAAUCAAAGAUACCGAGUCUCUUGUGACGGCACUUAACCAAGUCAGAUGUGGGCAUAGUAUAGCAAAGGUCAAUAUUGCAAGGUAUGAGAAGAAGCCGCCCCCCAGGAAAAUCCCCCCUCCAAGUUAUUACCACCCUAGACGGAUGUCGGUCCCAAUCACUAAACAUAUCAACAUUAGUAAUGGGAAAACUUUUGCGGAUGCUGUCACUGGGAGUCUUGGGAAACCUGAUACUGUGAGAACCCAAGAGAUUCAAUCAAAGCUAGAUCCCAUGAUUGAUUCAUCCGAUAGCAGCUGCCUAAUUGGAGAAAUCAAUUAA